AUGGAGACCCAGACGGUGCAGUGGGAGCUGGAAGCCUUUCCAACCACCGAGAUGGCUUAGACCACCCCCUUGCCAGGGGCCCUGGGGCUAUGGAAGAUAACCAUCUAUGACCAGCUGAACUUCCAGGGCAAGAAGAUGGAGUUUACCAGCUCCUGUCCAAAUGUUGCUGAGUGCAGAUUUGACAAUGUCCGGUCUCUCAAGGUGUAAUGUGGAGCCUGGAUUGGUUAUGAGCAUACCAGCUUUUGUGGCCAACAGUUUAUCCUGAAGGGAGGAGAAUACCCUCACUGGGAUGCCUGGAGUGGGAUUAAUGCCUACCACAUCGAACGCCUCAUGUCCUUCCACCCCAUCUGUUCAGCUAAUCAUAAGGAGUCCAAGAUUAUCAUCUUUGAGAAAGAAAGGUGUAUUGAGCAACAAUGGGAGAUCUGUGAUGACUACCCCUCCUUAUAAGCCAUGGGUUGGUUCAAUAAUGCAGUUGGUUCCAUGAAUAUAGUGUGGGUUUGCUACCAGUAUCCUGGAUACCAUGGAUAUCGGUGUAUCUUGGAAUGUGACCAUCACGGAGACUAUAAACACUGCAGAGUGUGUGGAUCCCAUGCCCAGGUUCAAUCUGUUCACCGUAUCCAACAGUAGUGAGUGGAAGUAAGAGAAUUCCUUAAGUAUGUGAUUUUGCUAAGUAAUCUGGAUUUACGUUGUGCUCGUAGACAUUGCUUCCAAAUACUAGCUGAAGUUUGCAAUAAAUGUCAUUAAA